AUGAGUAGUAAUAAUAAUAAUCCACCACCAAAAAAAGUGUUUUCGCUUAGUUUGUUAAAACCUUCUCCUAGAGUUAGUGGAUCAUCAUUACCUUCAUCACAAUCAUCACAAUCUUCACAAUCAUCACAACAUUCACAAUCAUCACAACCGCCACCAUCAAUUCUUUCAUUUUUCAAAGCAAAACCAAUUACAUCUUCAUCACAAUCGUCACAAACACCAGCAACCACUACAACAACCACUACAACAACAACAACAACAACAAAAACAUCAACUACAAUCGGAGUAAAAAGACCAAUAUCGGAUAUUAUGGAUAGUGGAGAUGAUUUCAAUUAUUUAGAGAAUGAACCUGAUGAUUACUAUAAUACACCAUUCGAUUAUUUUAAUAAUUCAAAUAUAAAUAAUAAUAAUAAUAUAAAUAAUAAUAACAAUAAUAGUGUAAAUAAAAAUACAAAUACUAAUAGUAAUAUUAAUACCAAUAUAAAUGGAAGUAUUAUUAAUAAUAAUAAUAAUAAAAUUAAUGUUAAAGAUGAUGCUUCAUAUGAAAAAUAUGAAGAAUUAGGAAAUGGUGUAUACAAAAUUGGUAAUUAUAAAGUUAAAUUCCCAUUCAAACCAUAUGCAUGUCAAGCAUCAAUGAUGUCUAGAAUUUUAGAAGGUUUAGAUAGUAAAGAGAAUUGUAUAUUAGAAUCACCAACUGGCACUGGUAAAACUUUAUCUCUACUAUGUUCAUCAUUAGCAUGGCAAGAAGAAAAUAAAAAAAAAAAUCAAAGAGAUUUAGAAGAAAAAAGAAAAUUAGCUUUAGAUUCAAAACAAAGAAUGAUUGAAAAAAAGCAAUUAAUUGAUGCUGCCGCUGCUGCUUCUGCUGCUUCCAAUACUACUUCAAAUUUACCAUCUAUAACUUCAACUUCAACUUCUAAUUCAACUUCAACUUCAACUUCCACGUCACCAAUAAAACAAGAAGCAACUGCAACCACAGCUACAACAAAUUCAAUUUCACCAAUAAAACAAGAGACAACAAAAACAACAACAACAAUGACAACGACACCAUCAACAUCACCAAUUAAAAGUGAAGAAUUAAAUUUAGAUUCAUAUAAAUAUGAAAAAGGUUUACAAUGUGAUUAUAAUGGUACAGGAGUUGGUAAAUUUGAACCAAAGAAAAUACCAAAAAUAAUAAAUAAAAAACCAAAAUAUGGAUCAAUGACAACCACAACGACAAUACAAAAUAAUGAAUUAAUUGAUUAUGAUAAUGAUGGUACACAAAAAUUUAUAAAAAAGAAAUCUCCAACUAUAUUCUUUUGUUCAAGAACUCAUUCACAAAUUAAACAAUUAACAGGUGAAUUAAAAAAGACACCCUAUAGACCAAAUAUGGUUGUAUUAGCAUCACGUGAUCAAUAUUGUAUUAAUCCAUUAUUAAAGGAUGUACCAAAGAAACUUGAAAAAUGUAAAAAACUAUUAUUAGAUCAUGGUUGUCGUUUUAAAAAAACUGAACAACAAACAUCAUUGGCAAAAUCAUCAGACUUUUUAGGGGGUGGUAAAAAAGAAGUUUGGGAUAUUGAAGAUUUAAUGGAAGCAGGUCAAGCACACAGUGAAUGUCCUUAUUUCGCAUCAAGAGAUAUGAUUGAAAAAGCAGAUUUAAUAUUUUGUCCUUAUAAUUACUUAAUUGAUCCACAAAUCCGAAAAAGUUUUGCAGAUAAAGUUGCAGGUUCAAUUGUAAUCUUUGAUGAAGCUCAUAAUAUUGAAGAUGCCUUAAUGGAGACGAGUAGUUUCGAUUCAUCAUUAGAGGAAUUGAAUGAACAUUGUUAUCAGAAUUUUAAAGAUUGUAUAAUGAAUUCAAGAACUAUGAGUAUGCUAUCCAAUGAAAAAGCAUUAGCCAUUCAUUAUUGUUAUAAACUAUUGGAAUCAAUUAUCGCUUGGAUUAAUAAAAAAGUUCAAACUUUAAAACCAAUAGAUUUUGAAAAACAUCAAAACGUUUGGAAAGGUGAAAAGAUUUUAAAUAUUUUUGAAGAGUUUGGUUUAAAUGAAACAAAUUAUUUCAGCUUUCGUGAUCAUCUUGCAACAUUAUUUGAUGAAGGUGAUGGUACUUCUGAUAAUGGUAAAGAAGGUGGUGGUGGUUCACUUUCAUUUCCAUCAAAAGGUAAAGGUGGUAUUGGUGUUGGUAGUAAUAAACAAAAAAUUGAUCCAGUACCACAAAGAGCAUUAGUAUUAUUAGAAUCAUUUGAAAAAGUUACAGCAAUGAUUUAUCAAAACAAAGGUUGGAUUGAAGAUUAUAGAUUGGUUUUACAAAAAGCAUCAGCAUUUCAAACAAAUGGUGGUAAGAAAAGUAAUCAAGGUACAAAAUGGAAUUAUCAAUUUGGUAUUUGGGCAAUGAGUCCAAGAAUUGCAUUUUCAUCAUUGGUUCAAGCAACUCGUUCUGUUGUAUUAACAUCUGGUACAUUAUCACCAUUGUAUUCAUUUCCAAUGGAAUUGGCAGCGAAAUUCCCAAUUUCAGCAGAGAUGGGUAAUUUACCAGAUAUUGCACAACGUGCUUGGAUUGGUACAUUAUCACAUGGAGUAAAGGGUACAAAAUUAAUUUGUACACAUGGUCCAUCAGAGGGAUUAGAUUUUCAAGAUUCAUUAGGUGAAACUAUUUUACAACAUAUCGAAUUAAUACCGAGCGGUGUACUUUGUUUCUUUCCUUCGUAUGGAUUUUUAGAGAAAUUGUUAAGUCGUUGGGAUGAAACUGGUAUUCUAAAGAAAAUCAAUGCAAAGAAGAGAUAUUUUUAUGAACCAAAGAAUCAAAGAGAAUUCAUUGAAACCCUAGAUAAUUAUCGUGAAGAAAUUAAACAACGUCCAAAUAAAGGUGCAAUCUUAUUCGCAGUUUGUCGUGGUAAAGUUAGCGAAGGUAUUGAUUUCAGUGAUGAAUAUGCUAGAGGUGUUAUAGUCGUUGGUAUCCCCUAUCCAUCUUUAGUAGAUCUUCGUAUCGUUUUAAAGAAAGAACAUAACGAUACAAAUAAAAAAGGUAUAAGUGGUGGCGAUUGGUAUAAAUUACAAGCUUAUCGUGCCUUAAAUCAAGCUCUAGGUAGAUGUAUUAGACACAAAAAUGAUUAUGGUUCCAUUUUAUUAAUAGAUGAAAGAUUCACCCAAAUGGGUAAUUGGAAUUCACUUUCAAAAUGGACACGUUCAUGUAUAAAAAAUAAUAGAAAUUUAAAUACCUCACUUUCAUCUUUAAAAUUAUUUUAUGAUUCAAAAAAUAAACAAUAA